UCCCAAGCUCCGUCGGUCUUCUUCUGUCUCUCUUGUCGUCUUUUCCGCCUUGCUCUUCUCUUUGGUCCACCACCUUUGUGUUUUAGGGUUUUAAAAAAAACCAAUAAUAAUAAUAACAAUAAUUUGAAUUCAAUAGAAUUUCAAAUUCGAUAAAAUGCAAAGUAAUCUUAGUUUUCUUUGCAAAUGAGGAAUUUCGGGUGAAAUUACCGUGGUUUAGCAAAAACCCGUAGCUGCUAAACAGUCUAACAGUGAAUUAUAGAGGAAAAAAACAUGAGCUUUGUGGACUCCACUAAGCCUUUCUUGAUGAAAAGUGGUAUCUUGGUUAGACAAUGCUGUUCUCACUGUUGCUCCUAAUUGAUAAUGCUGAAAUUGGCUGUUAUGAAGUGGGUGAUCUUCGUGCAAUUUUGUUAGCAUCACAAGCAGAUGUUUGCCUGCCUAUUGGUCUAAUCUGGUUUGCAAAUUUUGAGUAUGGCUAAAAUGAUUCUUGGAUCAUCUGCUUUGAAGCGGUCUAUAUCAACUUUGCCUAAUCUCAGUGAGAGAGUUAAGCAAACAGAGAGUCAGAUAGUUCAAAUGUUCAGCUUGCCUAGUCUAGCAGGUGAAAUGCAAAACUCACCCAUGAAUGCUAAGAUGUCAAGGAAGGAUCCUUCAGUUCGGAUAUUGGAUGAAAGGUUCAUAAGGAUCCUGAAAAUAUUCAAGUGGGGACCUGAUGCAGAAAAGGCACUGGAAGUUCUAAAGCUGAAAGUUGAUCAUCGGUUGGUUCGUGAGGUCCUGAAAAUAGAUGUUGAGGUCAACGUUAAGAUUCAGUUUUUCAAGUGGGCUGGAAAAAGAAGGAACUUUCAGCAUGACUCAACUACGUACAUGGCUUUAAUCCACUGCUUGGAUGAAGCAGGACUGGUUGGUGAAAUGUGGAAGACUAUCCAGGACAUGGUUCGGAGUCCAUGCAUUUUUGGUCCUGCUGAACUCUCUGAACUCAUCAGAAUCUUGGGAAAGUCUAAGAUGAUGAACAAGGCUCUAUCCAUAUUUUACCAGAUAAAAGGCCGGAAGUGCAAGCCAACUGCAAAUACUUACAACUCUAUGAUCUUGAUGUUGAUACAGGAAGGUCACUAUGAGAAAGUCCAUGAGCUUUACAAUGAGAUGUGUAAUGAAGGCAACUGUUUACCAGACACUGUUACAUACAAUGCACUUAUAAUAGCAUUUAGGAAAUUGGGGCGUGAUGAGUCUGCCAUUAGGUUGUUUGACGAGAUGAAGGAGAAUGGGUUACAGCCUACUGCAAAGAUUUAUACUAACUUGAUGACGAUAUAUGUUAAUUCAGGUAAAGUAGAGAAAGCUUUAGAUCUCAUGAAGGAGAUGAAAGAGAAGGGAUGUCCUCCUACUGUCUUCACUUACACAGAACUGAUAAAGGGGCUUGGUAGAGCUGGAAAAGUUGAAGAUGCCUAUAGCAUAUAUUUGAAAAUCCUGAAGGAGGGAUAUAAACCAGAUGUAGUGCUCAUAAACAAUUUGAUUAACAUUUUAGGCAAGGCACGUCGUUUGGAAGAUGCCCUCAAGAUUUUUGAGGAGAUGAAGUAUUUUCAGUGUAUGCCUAAUGUGGUGACAUACAACUCUAUCAUUAAAGCUUUAUUUGACUCCAAAGCUCCCACUUCUGAGGCUUCUCUGUGGUUUGAGAAGAUGAAGAAAAAUGGUGUUGUUCCAAGUUCAUUUACCUUCUCAAUUCUUAUAGAUGGUUUUUGUAAAACAAAUAGAGUUGAGAAAGCUCUUUUGCUUCUUGAAGAGAUGGAUGAAAAGGGUUUUCCUCCAUGUCCAGCUGCCUAUUGCAGCUUGAUCAAUAGUCUAGGAAAAGCUAAACGGUAUGAAGCUGCAAAUGAGUUAUUUCAAGAAUUGAAAGAGAAUUAUGGAUGUUCAAGUGCUCGGGUAUAUGCUGUGAUGAUUAAACACUAUGGAAAAUGUGGGCGUCUCAACGAAGCUGUGGAUCUAUUUAACGAGAUGAAGAAACUUGGAUGCAACCCUGAUGUUUAUGCUUAUAAUGCCCUUAUGUCGGGGAUGGUAAGGGCUGGCAUGGUAGAUGAAGCUCAUUCCUUACUCAAGACCAUGGAAGAAAAUGGUUGUGUUCCAGACAUAAACUCACAUAAUAUCAUCCUAAAUGGCUUAGCUCGGGUUGGCGGCCCGAAGCGGGCUAUAGAAAUGUUCACAAAGAUGAAGCAGUCUAAGAUUAUUCCUGAUGCAGUCUCUUACAACACCGUUCUUGGCUGUCUCAGCCGAGCUGGUAUGUUUGAGGAUGCUGCAAAGCUGAUGAAAGAAAUGAAUUCCAAAGGUUUUCAGUAUGAUCUUAUCACUUACUCGUCAAUAUUAGAGGCAGUUGGCAAGGUUGAUGAAGUCUCUAAUCGUAUCACUUUGUGAUAAAUGAUCUGCUGUUGUAUAGUUCUUGUUCUUCAAAAGUAAAGUUUAAAACUCCCUGACUCAAAAUUUUUGAAAAUUCUUUGAUUUUAUACUCCUUUUUUUUAAGAACUUGUUAAGUGUAAUAUUUCACGAAACAGAUAUAUGGUAGCAACAAAUAUGAAUGGCCUGUAUUUUUCUAAUUGAAUGUCAAAUAUACAUCCUUGUACAUAUAAAUAUUGAAUAUCAUAAUUAACUACAUGUAGUGAUAUUCUAAAUAUAUAUUUA